CAACAGAAGCAAGUACAGCAACCGUUUCGUAUAAGUUGGUUCAAGCUGUAUGUAGUGCACCAGUCUCGGAAAACGAGCGAAGAAGCGACGCAAAAACCCUGGUAAAAUGACGCAGACAGCGAAGCAAUGUGAGUUAAGAAUGGCGUUUGGGUUUGCCCUUGUCACUAUUUCAUCACCGCCUUUUUUUGGUUACUGGCGGCGCAGCACUCGCGGUGCAAUUUCAACGUCUGGGGGGUCCUCGUUGUGCUACGGUGGGUAAGUAAGCAGGCACUUGGUUGACGGAUCCAUUUGUUUCUUUGAUGGUCAAUGGAAUCGCGUCUCGACAGCUCAGUCGGUUUAUUUGCUCGUAGCCUGUAGUACAUCUACCUCCUUGCAGCUUGUACCCUUGAAGAAAUCAUGUUUUGAAUCCAGUGCCGGGUCAUCUGGGAACGCUACGACUCACACUCAAUAUGAUCGGUUGACGUCAUCAUGCUCAUCCAUGCUCCUCAUGUUUGUAUUGUCAUCGGUCGAAGUACUAGGUAAUCGGUGUAGAUCAGUAUUGAUUUCUCCUACUUUGAUGGUGACGUUGUAUGAUGGGGCUUAUUUGAUGAAGUUUAAGUCGCUGGCUCAUCUCUUCGGUUUGCUUCCCCGUCAGGGCAACGUCGGUCGCUAGCCGACAUUUUACGAUACUAGCAGUAUCAAGUUGGUCUUUGCUCCUGUGCAAAGAGAUGCAAGAUUUUAUCAAAUCGCUCACUAACAAGUAGACAAGAGGCCUCAUCUUACUGAAGAUGUACCACAGGACUACAAUAACCAGAACUACAUAAAAGUUAACAGCUCUUAAUUAUGCCACUUCGUGAUUGUCUUGAUAUUAGACAGCCCAGCCUUAUUCAUAUUCUUUCAGAAGAUUACCUAGCCUAGCCCUAGCCUAGGCAAAUUCUAGAGAUAGAGUCGUCAGUAAGCUGUAAGCAGCGAGGACCACCCACGUUGGCUAUCAUGGCGACCCCACGCACCUCAUCGAUCGACUCGAGCCAUCUGACGUCUCUGACAGUGCUCCCGACGGAUGUCUUUCUCUUGCAGUCGCUCAUCUUGUGCAUCGGGGUAGGAAAACGCAAAACGUUAUCACAGCUUUUCGACAAGUUCUUGUAGUUUACAACUUUCCGACCGCUCUCAUCUUGGGCAUGAUGAACGAAUAGAAAUAAAUGCGGUCUGAGAUGAAAAGUAUGAUCUUAUUCAGGUAGCUUCGUCAUCCAGGAGCAACAUAAUGUACUCCGCGCAUGUGCAGGAACAGGAUGUCGAGCUGAAUAAAUGCAAAAAGUUCAAUUUUUACGAAGUAAUAGUAAUCCAAUCCUGUAGUAGUUCUCGCACCACGGAGAGCUGCAGCUGCAAUAAAAUCUUUCGAAAAAAUAAGAUACCGUUUUCUGUUUUGAUACGACCGGCCCGGGGACUACCGAACCCGAAGGAGACGAAGUAUGAACCUGCUGAAUAAUGCAAAUGCCACAGGAAGACCACGUGAAGAGUUGCAGCGUCUUCAUCAUGAUCCCGGAGGAGCACCAGCAGCAGGGGUAGACCGGCUACAAGAAAGCGAUGGCAUACCAGAUCGAAACCCAGCAAGAAGGUCCUCUUCCAGUAUGGUUCAACUAGACCUCGCGACAGCAAGUACAACACUCACCCAGAAGCUUCUGCUCCUCAUCGUGCGCUUCCGGAACCUGUUCGCGUUCUCGUCCGGUAUGUGCAUCGCCUUAGCGAUACAGAUGUACUUUUACUACUGUCUGCGAAAGACGGGACCGCCGUUUGGUUUGGUUUAUUACGAGACCGUUUCGCAGUGCUGGGCCCCGGGCGGGGCCUGGUCAUGGGUUUCUGGCGGGGAACCAGGGAACGGAUGGUAUUGACGAAAGGUGGUCUAGCUGCGAGCAGAUUGUGAGUGAUCGCGUUGUGAACAGCGAGUAGCGCAGAAUGUGUUGGUCUACUUGUGUGAUAGUUUACGCUCCUGUCCAUCCGGUAGAAUAGCGAAGUAAAGCUACUGAAGUGGGCUGUUUCUUUACAGCUGCAAAUAAUUAUUCACUCGCAAGGGACCCACGUACUACUCUGCUUAGUCAACACCAGAAAUAGGAGGUUGGAUUUGGGAGGCUUUCGUAAACAUGGAUACUAGUUAGUACAACGAAGAAACGGCAGGUUCCUUCAUGCACCAAGUUGGACAACAUCAACAGAUUUUUAACACAACAAAGUAAAACGCUGCCUCUGCAGGUGGACAACUAUGAGCACGACAAUCUGCUCGCUCCUCUGAGUUUUUGAACAGAAUUUUCUUUUGGCGCAUCGCCUUUGGUGGCACAUUUGGACUUUUUGAAACAAGACAAAAUCUACUUGACAUAGAGCUUCAGAUGAAGAGCAGCAUAGG